AUGACGAAGAAAGAAUUUUUUCUUAGUAAACAAACAGUAUCAACGAAUGAUUCAAAUUCAGUAUAUAAUCAAUAUGCAACACAAUUUAAUGGUCAAACACCACUUUCACAAAUAAUUGCAAGUGGUUCAUCACCAAUCGUCAAUUCAUCAUCAUCAUCAUCAUUUUUACUCGACACAAUUUGUACAAAACGACGAAAACAAUCAACAAAUACUUCAUCAUCAAAACGCAGUAUUCUACCAAAAAGUGCAACAUCAGUUAUGCGUAGUUGGCUAUUUCAACAUAUAGCUCAUCCGUAUCCAAGUGAAGAUGAAAAACGGGCUAUAUCAAAUAAAACAAAUUUAUCAUUAUUACAAGUUAAUAAUUGGUUUAUAAAUGCACGUCGUCGUAUAUUACAACCAAUGCUUGAAACAUCAAAUCCUAAUUUAAUAAUAAAUAAAAAGAAAAAACGAUAUGAUACAACAUUAGAUGAUAAUCCUCAUCAACAUAGGCAUAGUCGACAAAUGUCAUAUAUAAAUCGUUAUUGGCCAUCGAAUAUAAUUCAAUUUGAUAUGCAUAAAAAAUAA